AUGAAACGUUUACAAGCAAUGCCACCCCCUCCUCCUCCACCAAUACCACCGACCAGAGUACAUAUUUCACAAUCUACAACACAUACAUUAGACGAAUCAAUGAAACCUAAGAAAAAUGAUAAUAAACCAGCUACUAGUGGUUACUGGUGGGAUGUAGCUCAUGUAACAAGUCGUCUUUUUGAAAAAGAACAAAUUAUAAAUAAAGAACGUCGUCUUACAUUUCGUCGUAUUGUUAAGAUAUUCGUUUAUUUACUUUUUUUUCUUAUUGUUCUUACAUCAGCUGUCGUUAGUAAACUUAGUCUUUUUACAAUGAUCAAUGCAUAUAAAAAUCUUGAACAACCUAAAACAUAUAUUAUUAGAUGGCAAAUGCUCAUACUUAUGGCAAUGAUUGUACCUUAUAUAUUAACAUUUAUACAAAGUGUUGUCUUAUCUUUUAUUCGUAUUAAACAUUCUCCACCAUUUCUACUUACUAUAUGGGUUCAUAUCGUUGAAACAUGUCAUACCAUUGGUCUUUCCUUACUUGUAUUUCGUAUUUUACCUUCUUUGGAUAAUGUCACUGGAUUAUUUAUAUUAAAUGGUGUAUGUAUAGUUCCAGCUUUUUUAAAUUUAUUUUCAUCAAAUCGUCAUCAUAAUCAAAGCAUAAGAAUCUUAGCAUUUAUAACCGAUUUAGGUUCAGUAUUUAUGCAAUUAUCUGUUUGUUUUAUUCCCUAUUUUGUUAAAACAACAGACAAAAUAUCUUAUGAUCUUCGUUGGCAAUUACCAUUAGCACUUUUUCUUAUAUCACUUGGUUAUUGGGAAAGUUUUAUUGAAAUGCGUUUAUCAAAAAAAUAUGUUUUUUCAUGGUUUCGUCAUAGUUUACGAUUAUUAGAAAAAACACGUCCAAAAGUCUAUUUAACAGCAAGUCUUUUAAAAAUUAUUGUAUUAAUUAUAUCAGCUAUUUGUUUUCUACCAAACACAGUUGAUAAAAAUUUAUAUUUACAAGUAUUUCGACAAGUACCAAUUAGUGAAAAAUAUAGUCGAGGAUUUGGAAUUUUCGAUGAACAUGAAGAUCUUUUUCGAAUAACAAAAGAAGUUUAUGCACCAUUUAUUAUACAAAUCUUUUCAUCAUGUAUUUGUUAUUAUACUGGACGUAUUGCUUGUAAAGUUUUAAUGCAAUGUUUUGGUUUUUCAUUACCAUUAACAAUGUCAACACUCGUUGCAUAUAUAGUUUUAUUUUUUACUCACGGAUAUACAAAUAAAAAAGAUACGAUUAGUCUUGGACAUCUAUUUUAUUUAGAUAAACCACAAGCUCUUGGUUCAAAACUUCUUAUUACUUCUUUAGUUGGAUUUUUAAUUCUAUGGUUAUCAAGAAUGAAAAUAACUAGUCAUGUUUGGUUUCCAACAUCUGAACGAUUAGCACAGAUCCAUAAACUUUUUGUUCUUCCAUAUUAUGAAUCAGCAAUUGUUGAACAAAAUUUAUUACUUAACAAACAAGAAAAAGAUGAAAUGGAAAUGAAAGAUCAAAUUGAACCUGAUUUAACACUUCGAAGAAAAUUUCCUGUACCAAUGAUAUAUGUAUGUGCAACAAUGUGGCAUGAAACUACAAGUGAAAUGGUUCAACUACUUAAAUCAAUUUUUCGACUUGAUUCUGAUCAACAUGCACGUCGAACUGUACAGAAAAAUUUACGUAUUCUGGAUCCAGAUUAUUAUCGAUUUGAAACACAUGUGUUAUUCGAUGAUGCUUUUGAAGAUGAUGAAAAUGGCAAUCGUGUACCAAAUCGUUAUGUUAAACAAUUAGUUGCCGCUGUAAAUGUUUCUGGAGCGUAUGUACAUGGUGUAGAGAAGGUUGUUGAAGAUCCAAUUAAAAUUCCAACACCGUAUGGUGGACGUCUUGUUUGGUUAUUACCAGGAAAAAAUCGUUUAAUUGUUCAUAUGAAAGAUAAAUAUUUAAUACGACAUAAAAAACGAUGGAGUCAAGUUAUGUAUAUGUAUUAUUUACUUUCAUUUAAAUUAUUACGUCGAAAAAAUGGUGGCAAUAACUUGACACAACCGACAACAAAUUUAGAUGCAGAUUUUAUUGGUUUUAGUGAAUUUUUAAAAAAUUUACCACAUGAUAAAAAAAUUUCUGCUCAAAAUACAUUCGUAUUAGCUCUUGAUGGAGAUGUUGAUUUUAAACCAGAAGCAGUUCUAUUAUUAGUUGAUCGAAUGCGUAAAAAUCCGAAAGUAGCUGCUGCUUGUGGUCGAAUUCAUCCAACAGGCGAUGGACCUAUUGUAUGGUAUCAACAAUUUGAAUAUGCAGUUGGUCAUUGGCUUCAAAAAGCUGCUGAACAUAAACUUGGUAGUGUUCUUUGUUGUCCUGGUUGUUUUUCACUUUUUCGUGGUUCAUCAUUAAUGGACGAUAAUGUUAUGCGACGUUAUGCAGAUAAAUCAACUGAAGCAGCACAUUAUGUACAAUAUGAUCAAGGAGAAGAUCGUUGGUUAACUACUCUUCUUCUUCAACAAGGUUAUCGUGUCGAAUAUUGUGCUGCAUCAGAUGCAUAUACUCAUGCACCGGAAACAUUUAAAGAAUUUUUUAAUCAACGUCGUCGUUGGAUGCCUUCAACAAUGGCAAAUAUUAUGGAUUUACUUAAAGAUACUAAACAUACAACACAUGUUAAUGAAAACAUUUCCAAAAUUUAUAUGUUUUAUCAAGCUGUUCUAUUCGUAUCGACAAUUUUAGGACCAGGAACAAUUUUAUUAACUAUAGCUUCAGCAUUACGUACAGUUUUUUCAACAUUAACUAUUGCUGAAUCAUAUACAAUAUCAAUUCUUCCAGCAAUUUUCUAUAUUAUUGUUUGUUUAAAAACAAAAGCUAAUACACAAAUUGCUAUUGGUGCUAUAAUGACAGCUAUUUAUGCUUUAGUUAUGUCAAUGGUUUUUGUUGCAACAGCUGCUCAAAUCGUUAAAUCAGGCCUUUUAGAUCCAAGUGCUGUAUUUCUUCCGACUGUUGCAGUUACUUUUAUAGUUACUGGUCUUCUUCAUCCAAAUGAAAUGUUUAAUUUAAUUCAUGGUUUUCUCUAUCUUAUCACAAUUCCUGGUGGUUAUCUUCUUCUUGUUACUUAUGCUUUAUGUAAUUUACAUGUUGUUUCAUGGGGUACAAGAGAAACAGUUGAAGUUGUUCGAAAGAAAAAACCAACGAAAGGAAAUGGAAAAGAAAUAGAAAUUGUAAAACCAGAUCCUAAAAAACGUCGACCAACAGAUGUUAUAAAUAAUAUGUUUUGGGGUAAUGAGGGACAACGUGGUAUUCUUCAUCAAGCAGGUGAUGUUAUUGAACAUGUAUUUCGUCCAACAAUGAAACGACAAGAAACACUUCUACAACAAAUUCUUACUAGAAUCGAUCAAAGUGAUAUGAAUCAUGAAACAAAUAAAUUAAUUAGUAAAAAUCUAACUAAAACAAAACAUAAAUCAAUUAUUUUAUUUUUAGAUAGUAAUACAACGAAUAAUACAAAAGAACUUACUAUUAAAAGUGUUCCACUUAUAAUUACUUCGAAUGAUGAUUCAUCAUCAUCAUCAAGUACAGCUAAUUCAUCAACAGUAUCAACAUCAAUAUUAAAUAAAUCACGAAAUAAUAUGAUUAAUCCAUAUUGGUCAGAAUUACCAUGGCUUGGUUCAGAAUCUGUUAUUGGUUUUCUUCAUACCGAUGAAAUAACAUUUUGGCAGCAAAUUCUAGCUAAAUAUCUUGCACCAUUAGAUAAAGAUGCUGAAGAAGAACGUCGUAUACAAAACGAUUUAAUUGGUUUAAGAAAUAAUGCUGGUUUUGCAUUUUUUAUGUUGAAUGCUAUAUGGAUAAUAUUACAAUUUCAAUGUGAAUAUGUUGCAACACAAUUUACGGAAAUUAUGAUUGAUAUUGGACAAUUAUUUGGACAACAUGGUACUCGAGUACAAGUUUUAGGUUUAUUAUUUAUGUUAUUUUUUGCAUCAUGUAUGAUUAUACAAUUUUUUACAAUGAUAUUACAUCGAUGGGGAACAUUUGUUGAAAUAUUAGCUAGUACAAAAUUAUUUGAAAAACAUCGAAAAUAUAAAUUAAAACCCGGUUCAGAUUUAGCUGGAAUGUCCAGUCAAGAAGUUGCUGAAGUUUUAAAAGAUUUAGAUAUUGAAUUAGUUGUACCAACAUCGACAUUAAUGCCAAAAGAUAGUGUAACAUAUCAAAUGGAAUCUCUUUUAGAUAAUGAUCAACAAUAUAUAAAUCAAGACGAAUAUGAUGAUAAUGAAGAACAAGAUGUAUAUAAUGAACCACCUAUUGAUUAUUUUGAUCAUCCAGUUGUACAAGAUGCUAUGGAUGAAAGUCGUCUUCGAUUUUAG